AACGGGCAGAGUGAGAGAGAGAGAGAGAGAGAGAGGAGAGAGAGAUGAGCUCAACGGGGGGCACGGCUGCGAAGGGCGGGAGGGGGAAGCCGAAGGCCUCCAAGACCAUCUCCCGCUCGCAGAAGGCCGGUCUCCAGUUCCCCGUCGGGCGCAUCGCCCGCUACCUCAAGGACGGCAAGUACGCCGACCGCGUGGGCGCCGGCGCCCCCGUCUACCUGUCCGCCGUCCUAGAGUACCUCGCCGCGGAGGUUCUGGAGCUGGCGGGGAACGCGGCGAGGGACAACAAGAAGAAUCGGAUCGUGCCGAGGCACAUACAGCUUGCGAUCAGGAACGAUGAAGAGCUGAGCAAACUCUUGGGGACCGUCACGAUUGCUAACGGCGGCGUUUUGCCCAAUAUUCAUCAGACGCUGCUGCCCAAGAAGCAGGGGAAAGGGCAGGGAGAGCUUGGAUCUGCUUCACAGGAGUUCUAGGCUCUUGGUGGUUUUGCGAGUCUGCUGAUGCUUGGUUCAUUUGGACUGUGUGCGGAAGGUGAUGGAUGAAAGGGUAAUGGUUUUGAAUCGUGUUAAUAGUUUUGGUUUCGAUCAUAAAAAAGUCGCCUUUUCUUUUGCUUGAUCCUUGAAAACUAGUAAUGCUUAUGUUUCCGGUAUGUCUCUGAUGAUAAAAGUUGUGAUUUUGGGGGUAAAUGGCUAAUGUGGACUUCAUGAUUAUAAGAAAAAUGACCAAAGAAAUUUGCUGCUUGCA